AUGGCCCUAGACUCGGAAACAGACGCGCUCAUCCGCCCAGACAGCCGCGAAGUAGAGGCAGCCGACGACAACGCGCCUCUAUGGGCACCCAAAGGAACCCCGGCAGGCUACAAGGCCAUGCCCGUGUCCUUUUUUGCGUCGUUGGUGCAGAAGAGUGUCGGACUCGCGUUAGGAGCGCGCCUUCUUGAAGGCCUGGCCACGGACAACACGCUACACCUGGUGUUGAACGGGCUGUAUGCGCGCAGCAGCGAUCAGCGCCAUGUUGGCCGCCUCAUGUCGGCAUCGCUCGCCCUGUACAUGGCUGGUAUGUCGCUCAGCCCGGCGCUGGCAGCACUGCUGUCCGAUUUCCGUACCUCCUUUGCCGUCGCUCUCGUCAUGUUUGGUGUAGCAGCUGUCUACCUGGCCAUGGUGGGAAGGCUGGAUGAGGGGACCGUCGGGAAUGGCGGCGUUAACGGCCACGGCCACCAAGGCCCGACCGUCGGGCGGCUGAGCGCCCUCGCCCGGCCGGCACUGCGCCUGUUCAGUGACCGCGUAGUCGCUGCACAUGGUGCCGCCAUGUUUUUGUACAAUGCCGCCAUCUCCUACAUGUUCCCCGCCCUCAUGGUGCAUGCGACGCUCCAGUUUGCCUUCACCCCCGCCCAGAAUGGCCUUCUUUUGUCCGUGGCAGCGGGAACGUCGUCGCUGUAUCUCAUAGUCGCGGCCCUCGUUUCUCGUCCUGCCCGUAAUGCCAGCUCUGUGCUGGUCUCGCUCACGGUGCUGGUGGCCGCUUUAACCGCUCUCGCCAUGGUGCGCGUGUCGUGGGCGCUGUUUCCCGUCGUAGCUGUUGCAUCCUUGGGUCUGGCAACUCCUUCAUUCGUCAAGGCGCAUCUCGUGCAGCGUAGACAGCAUGAUGCUCUGGCUGUUGCCGCUAUUUCCGUCGCAGAAGGUCUGGGUAGUCUUGCUUCCGCGCCAUUGCUAGGUGCAUGGCAAAGUACCCAUCCUGGCGGCAGUGUUUUGUUUGUUGCGGCUGCUCUUGCUGCUUCUUCAGCUAGCGUUUUCGUGCUUGGGUGUUUGUAG